GUCAAUUAAAAGAAUUUUUUUGGUUUGCUCAAUGUAAAUAUAAAAGUGAAAAUUAUAAAAUUUAUGUAUCUGAAAUAAGAGAAUUUCUAAAUAUAGCUAAAAGAAAAACAAAUUAUCACAUUGCAUUUUUUGUUUCUAAUGUUGAGUUAACUGAUUAUGCAAUUAAUGAAUUAAAAAAUUAUAUAGGUGAUAAAAAUAAAAUUUGUAUUUGUUUAAUUCAAGAUUUUAUUCCAAAAGUAUAUGAAUAUGAAAAUAUACUUAUAAAUAAUAAGAUUAAAUUAGAACAAGAAAAAAAUAAAUAUUUAGAAUAUAAAAUUGAAAAUAAGAUUUUAAAAACCCAUAAUGAAAAAUUAGAAAAUCUUAAUGAUGAAUUAAAAAAAGAAAUUAAAGAACUUAAAAUAGAAAUAAAAGAAAAUGAUAAAAAACUUGAUUUAAUAUUAGAAAUUUUAAAUAAAAAAUAA